AUGGGGAUCCCGACCUCACAACUGGAUAGACCGGACUCGUGGGGAUGGUUUAUACGAAGACAGGGCGAUACACAGUUAAAUCAGGGUAUACGAUUGCCCAAGAAACUAUGGAUGCUGACACAUGAUACAGUUUGGUCCAGACGUACGUCGUCUUCAGGCACAAGGCAUGGAAAAUUCCUUGCACCCAAAAACUUCAACAUUUCUAUGGCAAAUCUUAACGGGGUGUAUAUCGGUGGGAGCACGUUAAGGAGUCGUGGUAUACAGACAGAUCCACAAUGUAUGCGCUGUGGUAUGGCGGCGGAAACGAUUAACCAUAUGGUUUUUGAAUGUCCUCCGGCCUUACAGGUUUGGGCCUUAUCCCCAAUCCCAACAGCUAUCAACCGGUUUCCAACAGAAGGUCUCUUCACGAAUAUGGCACACCUAUUCUGGAAUUUACCGGACGAUGAUAGGAUGAGGAUGUAUCCUUGGUUAAUUUGGUUCAUAUGGAAAGCCCGUAACGAUAAGGUUUUCUCUAACGAGGAUUGGGAUCCAUAUGAGAUCAUCAAUCAUGCGGCAGCGGAGGCAUCGGCAUGGGCACUAGCUCAGACACGCCAAGGCGUGGUAGGACUGCCUUUGACAGAUACGGUGAACUCAGGUUUUAGGGGUGAUCGAUGUCAGGUAGAUGGAGCCUGGAAAGAAACGGACCCUCGAGCGGGACUAGGAACAUGUAAUCUGUGGAGGGGAGUUUCUUCUCUACAAACAGAGGUGGAGGCCCUGUUAUGGGCAAUGCAAUGUAUGUUACGUCACAACAAGCUUGUAAUGGUGUUUGAAACAGAUUGCUCUGAUGUGGUACAUAUGGUGUCUAAACCAGAGGAGUGGCCAGUUUUUGCGGUACUAUUGGAAGAAAUAGACAUUUGCAGAAGACGCUUUACUUCGUUCUCCAUCACGCAUAUCUCACGAACCAACAACACGAAGGCAGACAAGUUAGCACGGAGUGCUCGAGCUCUACCUACUAAUGUGUAUUAUGUAAACUCUGUUCUACUAACUUGGAUUUCUGAGUUGUAG